AUGGAUUUCGACGGAGCAGCUCAGGAUGAGGCGGUAAGCGGAGGACCUGGGCAGUCAGUGAGUGGUGGUAGACCACAGAGUCCAUCUGCAUCAGCGAGUAAUUCAUCUUCAUCUAGUAGUCAGUCUGAUGCUCAUAUGCCUGUUGCAGAAAACUGGUGCCAUACGCAGGUCAAAGUUAUAAAAUUCAACUAUAUGUGGACAAUCAACAAUUUUUCAUUUUGUCGGGAAGAAAUGGGUGAAGUUUUAAAGAGCUCAACGUUUAGCGCUGGUUCAAACGAUAAGCUUAAAUGGUGCCUAAGGAUCAACCCGAAAGGGUUAGACGAAGAAUCCAAGGAUUACUUAUCUCUCUACCUGCUCUUAGUUCAGUGUGCGAAGAGCGAAGUCCGUGCUAAAUUUAAAUUUUCAAUACUGAACGCUAAGAGGGAAGAAACAAAAGCCAUGGAGUCGCAGCGCGCUUACCGCUUUGUGCAAGGGAAGGACUGGGGUUUUAAAAAGUUUAUUCGACGCGAUUUCUUGUUAGAUGAGACAAAUGGACUUCUUCCCGAAGAUAGGCUAAGUAUAUUUUGUGAGGUUUCGGUCGUGGCAGAGACUGUAAAUGUUACUGGACAAUCUAACCUCAUGCAGUUUAAAGUACCUCCGCCAAGACUUGCUGAUGAAAUGGCUAAUCUGUUUGAAAAGCACUCAUUUUCAGAUUGUGUUCUUGUUGCAGGACGCGACAGGGAAUUUCAUGUCCAUAAGGCGCUUUUGGCUGCUCGGUCUCCUGUUUUUGCCGCGUGUUUUGAACAUAAAAUGAGCGAGGCUCAAUCCGAUAGGGUUGUUGUUGAUGACGUGGAGCCUGAUGUUAUGAAAGAGUUGCUAAGAUUUAUGUACACGGAUACGGCACCAAAUCUGGAACGAAUGGCUGAUACGCUUUUGGCUGCUGCGGACAAGUAUCAGUUAGAUAGACUCAAGGUUAUGUGCGAACAAGCUUUAUGUUUAAGUUUGACUAAUGACAAUGCUUGCGAAACGCUAAUACUGGCUGAUCUUCACAGUGCAGAGCAGCUGAAGCAACAAGCUAUUGAUUAUAUUAAUGUUCAUGCUAAUGAAAUCAUGGAAUCUGAUGGGUGGGAAAUAUUAGUGAAAGAACAUCCUCCACUUUUGGCAGAAGUUUUUCGUGCUUUAGCCACCCAACAAACUCCACCCGUCGUCUUAUCUCAGCCACCGCGGAAACGCAUGAAGAUAGCGUGA